UUUAGAUUCAUAUGUGCAGUGAGGCUGUAUUCACAUUCAGACCGCAGACGGAGCUGUAUUUAUGUUUCAGCACACUUGAUUUUGUCUCUGACGAAAACUGUGAAAGGAAGGAACCGAUAUAAUAAGGCAGUACAAUACUUCCUAACCCCCUCUAAUCAGCAGGGUUUUAGAGUCCUAUACAGUUGAGAAGACUAUCGUAAACAUGGUUUUACGGCGUAGGAAGAUUAAAAAGAGCAAGGCAGUACGCCUUAACAUUGCAAAGAACAAGUUGGUCCCUGAGGAAGAAGCUCUUGCACCACAUUCAUUUGUAAUACAUCGGGGCAUUGUCACUAAACAACUGUUGCACUUGACUAAAGAUUUCCGCAAGGUUAUGGAACCUUUUACAGCAUCUUCAUUGAAGGUCCGCAAGAAAAAUUCUGUCAAAGAUUUUGUAUCUGUUGCGGGAUUACUUCAUGUUUCUCACCUGUGUGCAUUUACAUGUACUGAGCGAAGUCAAUAUCUGAAGCUAUGUCGCUUGCCUCGAGGGCCUACCCUUACAUUCCGGAUUCAUAACUAUUCUUUGGCAGGGGAUGUGGUAUCCUUACAACGCAAGCAGUUAGUUUUUAGGAAACAGUUUCAACAUGCACCUUUAGUUGUCUUAAAUGGUCUGAGUGGUGAAGGACAGCACCUUAAGUUAAUGUCAAGCAUGUUCCAAAAUUUGUUUCCCACAAUUAAUUUAACAAAAGUAAAUCUCAGUACUAUUCGACGUUGCCUUCUUCUGAAUUAUGAUCCAGUAACUCGAACAAUCGAUUUUCGUCACUAUGCAAUCAAAGUGGUUCCUGCUGGAGUAUCCAAAGGUGUCAAAAAGCUUCUUCAAAAUAAAAUACCAAACUUAUCAAAGUUUAGUGAUAUCUCUGAAUUUAUGACCAAGUCAGGAAUGCUGUCUGAUAGCGAGGCAGAAGAUGAUCCCAAGAGCCAUGUAACCUUGCCUCAAAAGCUGGCAUCUCGUGGAAGUCAAAUUGCUGAGAAGUCAGCUAUAAGAGUGAUGGAACUUGGACCAAGAAUGACUUUGCAGUUAAUUAAAGUUGAAGAUGGUCUCAUGGAUGGUGAAGUCUUGUUCCAUGAUGUGUACAAGAAGACAGAUGAAGAAAAAGAAGCCAUAAGAAAGAAAAGGGAGGCACGGAAGAAACUCAAAGAGAAAAGGAAAAGAGAACAAGAAAUGAAUAAAAAAAGAAAAGAGAAGGAAAAAGAAGAGCACAAACUUAAAUCUCUGGAGGGAAUGGACCGCAAGAGAGACCAAGUAAUGGAAGAGCAGCAGAAACGUCAGCCUAGAAAGAAACUGAAUAAAAAGAUGCUGGAAACUGAUGUUCUUAUGCGAAAGGCAGUUUUGGAAUCUAAUGAUGCUGCCCGCAAUAGUGAUGAUGAUGAUGCAGAAUGGUACCGGAAAGAAGUUGGGGAAGAGCCAGAGAAAGAUUUAUUUGAUUCUCAUAAUGAAAGGAAGAGAAGAUUUAAUGGCUCAUCAGGAAACAGUUGGAAAAAGCCAAAAUUGGACAAACAACACAGUGAAAGAUAUAAGAAAAUGCUUCCUGGACGGAACAAAAACAAUGAUAGGAAAAACAGCAAGACUCAAGGAAAAUUUAGUAAUUCCAGACAGAGUGGUAAAGGCUCUCAGCAAGGCCGCUCAAAUAGAGGUAACAGGGCAAGAAAAUAAGCAUUUAAAACAAGAAACUUGUAAUAGAGACAAAAGAAAAAUAAAGUAACUAUUGAAAUGUA